AUGACUUUGGCCGAGCAGACCAGUGCGCAGUCAUCUUUCAAUAUGGCGCACGAGCGCGAAUUAUACAGAUAUCUCCCGCGCGAUCACUCCGCAUAUCCCUUCGCUCCGUUCGAUGACGCCAGUCAGAAGAAUUUCGUUGCGCAACCAUCGCAAGACCAUGCCUUAACAUCCUUCGCCCAACUAAGUGCUAUGAGGCUAGGCGCCCAACGGGCAAUGAUAUCGCUCUUCGAUCGCACCCAUCAGUAUAUUCUAGCCGAGGCUACUGGAUUACCGGAUCUCGAUGGUCACGACGACUUAUGGUUGGGAUGCUGUGUUUUGCCUAACCGGAAUAGUGUCUGUAGGGCCGUCGCAGCUCUCCCACUGUCGCAGCCUUCGGAUGAUCCUGCGAUUAUUGGGGGCAGCGCCCUCGUAAUAACAAACAUGAAGGAGAGUGGGCAUAUCGAAAUCUCCAGCUUGGCGGAAUGUCUUUCUAGGGCACAGUUCUAUGCUGGAGUACCGAUUGUUAGUCCUAGGGGGAUCACAAUCGGGUCAUACUGCAUCUUCGAUACUCAACCUCGGCACUCCGGGCUCGACGAACCAUCGAUAAGGUUCAUGAAACGAAUGGCCGCGACCGUCAUGGAAUACUUGGAUUUGGUGCAAGCGAAAAGCCAGCAUACUCAGGCUAAAAGAAUGAUUUUGGGUCUGGGGAGUUUCGUAGAAGGCAAGACUACGCUCCGCGAUUCAUGGCUUGAGGCAAAAAAUGAGCAAGAUGCUUCUACAGGUCAACAAUCUGGCGAGAUUGUGGAGGGACAGUUGAAUAAAGAACAGCAAGACCUACAAGAAGCACAAGAUUACUCUCCAUCCCGACAACAUCCAUAUCGCCCCUUUGAGAAAGGGCAUUUGCCGGACCUUCCCCAUAUCUCACAUGAUGCCGUGGAGAGUCCCGGCUCGGCGGCCACAACCCCCGUCUCAGUGACCAAAUUUUCCAGCAGCAAUCCACGAUAUUUGGAACAAAGUGAACCGAAGACGGAUAUGAAUCAACAAGAGAAGGCAACGUUCCGAAUCUCUGUCUCGAGCGACAACAUACCGGAUGAAACGGGUUCAGUCUCUUUGCAGAAGAUAUUCUCUCGAGCGGCGAACCUGAUUCGAGAAUCUCUUGAAGCGGAAGGCGUUGCCUUCCUCGAUGCGAGCAUGGACUCUUACGGUGGGCGUGUGGGGGAUGAGCGCGGUAAAGCGCGAAAAGCGCGGGCAGGAGAUGAGACAGCAAGCAGUGCGGACAGCACCGACUCAGGAGGUUGCGAGAGUGCGCCAAGCAUCAGGGUUCCUUCUGCUCCGAGUUCUGAGAAAGACACUACCACCUGUCAGACCCUGGGUUCUUCAACUUCACAAUCCUCCACCAUUAAUGAUGAGUCAAGGUUUGGUUCGAAGUCAGGUAAUGAAUGUGCGCUUCGGGGGUCUGUCUUGAAAGCUAUGUUGAAUAGGUACCCCCAUGGUAAAAUUUUCAAUUACAACGAGAGUGGGGUAUUAUCCGAUGACAGCAGCAGUGGCAAUUCCCCCGGGACCUCAACACAGAUAUCGGGGUCUGAAACCAAAAAGAGAAUACAGAAGCCACACCACAGACGGGAUGCCAAUAAUCUGAUCAAGGUGCUCGAGGGCGCCCGGAGCAUUAUCUUCUUGCCUCUGUGGGAUUCCCACAAAUCGAGAUGGAUUUCUGGUAUUCUUAUCUGGACUAGUUCUCCCAAACGGUUCUUUACAUCUGAAAACGAACUCGCGUACCUUCGUGCCUUUGGCAAUAGUGUCAUGGCCGAGGUCCACCGACUGGAUGUGGAGAUGGCGGAAAAAGCCAAGACCAACCUGGUUAGCAGCAUCUCGCAUGAAUUGAGAAGCCCACUGCAUGGCAUCCUCGGAACUUCAGACUUGUUAGGCGACACAUUCAUGAAUGCACUUCAACAAGGAAUGGUUCACACGAUCGAGUCUUGUGGACGUACCCUCCUUGACACUUUGAAUAACUUGCUCGAUUUCACUUACAUUAGAAAGUCCAAGAUCAAUUAUGGAACAACACAUAGACCUGGCGAGGAUCCAGGUCAGGAUCGAGUAAAACUGAAGCACAACCGGCGCGGCAGUUGCGAGAUUGGCUAUGCGGCCGUCCAGCUAGAUGUUAUUUUAGAGGAAGUGGUGGAGAGCGUCUUUGCGGGUCAUAGCUUCUACCAUCACCAACGUGCACAGCCUCGGUCUGUGAACAAGGGAGAAGAGUCAGACACAGUUGUCCUUCCAUCCAAGCAAGUGACCGUCAUUUUGGAUAUCCAUGAGGCCGCAGAAUGGAACUUCUUCACACAGUCUGGUUGUUGGCGCCGCGUUUUAAUGAACGUCUUCAGCAAUGCACUGAGUUAUACCACUUCAGGUUUCAUUUAUGUGGGGCUGAAGGCUGCCGAAGUACCUCGUCCAGGAAGCCAGGACUCUGCUCAGUCUGAAGAUCCCAAUAGCCAAUAUAUGGUCACCUUGACCGUCAAAGACACAGGCCAGGGCAUUGAUGCGAAUUACCUGCGAGGCGGCUUAUUCACACCCUUCUCACAAGAGGAUGCCCUGGCCUCUGGAACUGGACUGGGAUUGAGCAUUGUUCGCCAAGCGCUUGCUUCUCUUCGCGGUUCUAUUGAAGUUACCUCCGAGAAGAAUCGAGGAACUGAGAUAUCCAUCGAAGUUCCUAUGAGGCAUGCCACAAUACCAGAUACGUCUGAUAGAUCUUCACCGAGCGCAGCGUACGAUUUCGUCAGGGAUCAAGCCAAAGGUAAAACAAUCGGUCUGGUUGGAUUUGGCUCAUCGCCUGCAUGCGAGCAAGACGCCACUCUCUACAGUUCUUUGGAGCGACUCUGCCAUGACUGGUUCCAUCUCACGGUCAAGAAGGUGUCUCUUCAGGGCGGGGAUACCGCCCCCUGUGACUUCUAUCUGAUGGUGCAUACUGAUCUCGACAGUCCAGACGUGAAAGAGAACCAGUCGCUCAUUCUUGAUCAGGCGAGUAAGUUCUCGCCGCUGGUGAUAAUCUCUCGGUCUCCUGAGACUGCGCACAAUUUGUGCGCGCGUGCCAUGAGCCAAAACCAAGAAUCUGUUGUUGAGUUCAUAAGCCAGCCUUGUGGACCGUGCAAACUCGCGAAGGCUUUGGGGCUGUGUAUCCGUCGACUGGAUGGUCAAGGUUCCAUCAACACCGAGGAGACGCGUUGGGUUGAAAUGCCAGAAUCUUCUCACCUACCGCUUGACAUUGGACCAAGAACCGCACCAGACGGCAGAAUGAAAAUCAGCAAACGACCUACGGAAGAUAUCAUAGUAAACCAGGAUAACGAAAGCUCUAACACCUCUUCCAAAGGUCGAAUUGAGAAGGAUGUUCCUGCCCCACAGAGAGAAACUUCGUCCUCGGGGAUUGUUUCAGAGGAGACAUCAGGCAGCUGCCGUCCGUCGGUAUUACUGGUCGAAGACAACCCUGUCAAUCUGAAAAUCCUUGUUGCCUAUAUGAAGAAAGAAGAUUUGAAUUACACGACAGCAACGAAUGGACUGGAGGCCGUACGGGAAUUUGAAGCUAGUCCUGGGAAGUUUGGAAUGAUUCUUCUAGACCUCUCGAUGCCAGUCAUGGAUGGGUUUGUAGCCAGUCAAAGAAUUCGGCAGUUUGAAAGGGAUCAUCUCAAAUCAACUCCUUCCUCAAAGCCAGCCUGGUACCCGGUGACCAUCGUGGCUUUGACAGGGUUGGAUAGUGAUGAUGCUCAGCGGGAGGCAUAUGUAUCUGGAAUCGAUAUCUAUCUGAAAAAACCGGUUAGUCGGCAGAACAUACACUCCCUGCUUGAGACGCUCGGUGCGUGA